AUGGCCAAUCCCGCUCCCACCCUCCUCUGGGGAGGCCGCUUCACAGGCGCUAUCGACGACCUCAUGUUCAAGUUCAACGAAUCCCUCAGUUUCGACCGAGCUCUCUGCAAAGCCGAUGUUCAAGGAUCAAUCGCAUUCGCCAAGGGCCUCCGCCAACUAAACAUCCUAACCCAAGACGAGCUGGACCAAAUCGUAUUCGGUUUGCAAAAAGUGGAACAAGAAUGGGAAGAAGGCACAUUUGUCAUCGACCCCAAAUCUGACGAAGACAUCCACACGGCCAACGAACGUCGACUGGGCGAAUUGAUCGGCUCGCAGAUUGCCGGCAAGCUACACACGGGCCGAUCGCGCAACGAGCAGAUCGCCACCGACAUGCGCCUAUGGGCUCGCGAGCAACUUGCUGGUCUGGCAGACACCAUGAAGGGCGUCUUGCAAGUCUGCGCUUCGCAGGCGAAAGCAAACAUUGACAUCUUGAUGCCGGGGUAUACUCACUUGCAACGGGCGCAGCCGGUGCGUUUCUCGCACUGGCUGUUGGCACACGCGACUUUCAUCCUGGGCGAUCUGCAGCGUCUGCAGGGGAUUCAAGAGCGAGUUUCUUCGUCCUGUCCAUUGGGCGUCGGUGCACUUGCGGGCAACCCGUUCGGAAUUAACCGCGAAUUUCUGGCCCGUGAACUCGGGUUCACGUCCGUCCAUCAGAACAGUCUGGCGGCCGUGGCUGAUCGGGAUUUCGUGGUCGAGAUCCUCCAAUGGGCCAGCUUGUUGAUGGUGCAUUUGUCCCGACUGAGUGAGGAUUUGAUUCUGUUCUCGACGGCCGAGUUUGGCUUUGUCAGGGUUGCAGACGCGUAUAGUACCGGAAGCAGUUUGAUGCCGCAGAAGAAGAACCCUGAUAGUCUCGAGUUGAUCCGGGGGAAAGCUGGACGAGUUAUGGGACAGGCAUCCGGAUUCCUAGCAACCCUCAAGUCCCUACCCACAUCAUACAACAAAGACCUCCAAGAAUCCGUCGAGCCGCUCCUCGACUGCGUCAAGACCGUCUCGCAAGCCCUGACCAUCACUUCUGGCGUCUUGGGCUCGCUCGACAUUUUCGGCGACAAAAUGAAAGCGGCUCUGACGGCCGAUAUGCUCGCCACAGAUGUCGCGGACUACUUGGUUCUCAAGGGCGUUCCGUUCCGGCAGACACACCAUAUUGCCGGCGCCAUUGUGCGCAAGGCGGAAGAACAGGGCGUCUCUAUCGAUAAACUCAGUGUCGAGGAUCUGCAGCAGGUCUCGCCGCUGUUUGAGCCCGAUGUCACGCAGAUUUUCGAUUUCGAACGCAGCGUCGAGAAGAGGUCUACUGUUGGCGGAACGAGCAAGAGUUCGGUGAUUGCUCAGGUCGAGGCUAUUGAGGCUCUCGUUGCGCCAAAGAGCUCUUCUUGA